AUGGGCAUCCCUCUUGACCGCUUCAAGUUCUCUUGGGAGGUUCAGGACUUCGUCAAGUGCGCAGGGUGCCGCCAGGUCGCCUAUGAACCGUACUUCAUUUGCCCGAACGAGCACGUCAAGUGCGCGGCCUGCAUCCAGCCUCCCGCCGCCCCCAUUGUGGGCGCUGUUGCCGCACCUCCUCCUGCCGGUCCAGUCGCCGCCAACUGCGGUGUCUGCUCUCGCGCGCUUCUCGCCCAGCCUCGCCCCUCGCCGCUGUUGAAGAGGACGAUCGAAGCCAGGACGAUCAUCUACUCGCAGCUCUCGACUCACUACGACACCUGUCCCGAGAAGAAGAUCGAGUGCCCGCAGGGCGGCAAAAUCUGCGGCGGCAGGGCCUCGCACGGCUUCCGAAAGCGUCGCUUGAUGCCCAAGCACCUCGAGACGGAGUGCGCUCAGUGGAAGUGCCGCGCUACCAAGGGCUGCCCGACGAAGACGACUUCGGCUAACCUCGAGGCGCACGAGAAGGCGUGCCGUGUUGCCAACGACAAAUUUGCGCAGCUCAAACAGUCUAUCAAGGAGAAGCAGGCCUCGAACGAGCUUCUCUCGAAUGAGGUCGACAGGUUGUCCAAAAUCGCUGUCUUCUACGACGAGCUGAUGGAGAAGCGCUCGAGCAUGAUCAACUCGACGACGAUGACCGACAAGGAGGUCACGCCUGCUGCCAAAACUGCCGUCUCGACGCAGGGCGUCAAGCGCUCUCUUCGUCUCGCUUCCAAGCGCGGUCCGCCCGAUGGUCCCGCCCUGGACGGUGCGGCUGCCUCGAGUUCUUCGGUUACUGGUGCCUCGACUACCGACUUGUCUCGCUCUGCCAAGACGAGGCGUACCGAGGCGUGA